AGGUGCAAGAGACACCGAAAUAAAUCAGGUGAUUUUUGAGGUUAUGACGUAUGUUUUUUUGUUGUGUAACACGUUUUUGUUUACGAUAAUUUUGUCAAAUAAAGACAGGAAUGAUUUAAUUUUAAAUAAUCGCAAAUAAUGUAUUUCGAUCAGUCGGGCCUGGCAGUUGUCGGGAAUGCGGAAACUUCGGAAAUCGGCAUGGAAAGCGAGUAUAUACAAACGCAGUGCGUUUUGGCCGACGGCGGCGAUAGGUUCGGUGUCUGCGCCUUGGCUUUCGAUCCGAACGAGGAACUAUUAUGGAUGGGAAAUCAAGGGGGGCACGUUACGUCGUAUUACGGGGGCGCGAUGCAGAAGUAUACGUCGUUUCAGGUUCACGCGACUCAAGAUAUACGACAUAUUUUGCCUAUCGACGAGGGCUUACUGAUUUUAACCGCUGGAAUGCUUCGUUGCCAAAUUCGGAGAGGGAUACCUGUGUUUACUCAUACGUCGCCCAAUUUAACCGAGAUGCAGUGCAUGUUGCAGUUAUCGCCUUCUCGGUUUCUUCUGGCAGGCCACCAGGAUAAGAUGAUCGAUUUUAAUAUUUCACUUUGCAAAGAGACCGCUUUGGUGGAUGUUGGGGAAUCGGGAUGUGUGAUGCUUCGAGGGCAUGGUAGAUUUGUUUGUGCAGGUGAUCCACUGGGACGGAUUGAUUUACGUGAUCCGAACACUUUGAAAGUUGAGCACACGUUGGAGACUCACAGUGGCAGUCUCAGUGAUUUUGAUGUGCAGGGAAAUUUGCUUGUUACCUGUGGAUUUAGUAGCAGGCAAGGAAACCUAUCAGUGGAUCGUUUUUUGAUGGUAUACGAUCUACGAAUGAUGCGAGCUGUUUCACCCAUACAAACAGUUUUGGAUCCCCUCUAUCUUCGUUUCCUACCGUCGCUUUCAUCGAGACUCGCCGUGGUGUCUGCGAUAGGUCAGGCGCAGCUUGUCGACACCGUCGCACUAUCCGAGCCCAGACUAUGUCUACUUCAGAUGGAGAACCCUGGUGCGAUGUGUCUUGCGUUCGACACGUGCUCGACAAGCCAAGCGCUGGCGUUUGGCGACAACGCCGGUUCGAUUCACCUGUUCUCCGCGACCAGUGAUCCGGUUUUCAACACCUACUCGCGCAUAACCGAGCACGCCGAUCCGGUUACUCACUUUCCCAGUUUCGCGAUCGACGAUUACGAAACGCCGCUUUCGAUCGUCCCACUGCCGAUCAUCAACACGGACAUGCCGCUCGCGUCCGACUGGCCCGAGCAUCUCAUGCAGAAGUGCUAUCGCAAGUCGCAACCGAUUGAUCCGGAAAUAUUGCGCGCGAUGAAGAUGCAGGGACCUAUCGGAUACGCUCCCAACCCCAAGGCGACUAGGCGUAAUCAAGUGGCGUACAAUUUAGAAACGAAUGGUUCUAGAACGUUGACCAAAAGCACCCAAGAAAAUCGGACCAUUAAGCAAUUGGCGGACGAAGGUGGUAACUUUGUGGCGAUACCGAAGCGAUAUCGAAAGGUCGAUUUAAAGUACACCAAACUAGGAAACGAGGAAAUGCAAUUCGAUCAGUUUAAUAAGACCUCGCUUCCGGGUUUGGAGGCAACUUUACCCAAUUCUUACUGCAAUACCAUGAUUCAGGUGCUGUACUAUACUGAGCCUUUACGCGCAUCGCUGCUGUCGCACUUGUGCAUAAAAGAGUUCUGUCUGUCGUGCGAGCUCGGUUUUUUGUUUCACAUGCUUUUAACUUCCCAAGGCACGCCCUGUCAGCCCGGAAACUUCCUUCGAGCCUUUCGAACUGUGCCCGAAGCAUCCGCGCUCGGCCUAAUCGUCAGCGAUCUCAAUCCCGAGGCGAAGCAAAAGUUGGAUCUAGGAGGACUUAUACAAAAUUGGAAUCGCUUCAUCUUGCACCAAAUGCACGUUGAGCUGCUCGAGACCAAGAAAAGAAAGGAGGAGAAUAAGACCAAUAAGAAACCUUUCAUUUACAAGGAAACCGAUUUUCCGACGAUCAUGGGUAGCCAAGGAAAGAGAACCACAGGUACACAAGAAAGCUGCACUCAGGGCAUUUUCACUCGCCUUUUUUUAGAUGUUACCAAAAUUGAAGAGGAAAAGCAAGAAGAAGAGAGCGAGAUCAGUCAACUUUUCGGCACUAAGCAGUUGCAGAUGAAUUGCUGCCUCAAAUGCGGAUUUGAGGUACGAAAGGAGACGUUUCUGCUGGCGUGUAACCUGAUCUACCCCACAAACGAACCGGAAAAGGACGAGUGGUCAUUUUGCGACAUUCUAAAGCGCUCACUGUGUCCACAGCAAACCACACCCGCCUGGUGCGACCAGUGUACUAAAUUCACCCCGACCUCCCAGGCCAGAAUUCUGCAAGCGCUUCCGAAACUUCUCUCCGUUAACACAGGCCUCCAUAAUCCACAGCACAAACAGUUCUGGCAAAACCAAAUGGAUAAGGUGGUGGCCAAGGUAAUCAACAAUGAGAGUGCACGCUCGACAACCCCCAACCUACUGGUGACCUCGUCGAAACCGUGCCGAUACGGCGACAACUGCUCCAGGCCCGGUUGUCGUUUCAGGCAUAGCUUCGACAAUGCGACCGUACCUCAAGCGCCUGUCAAUAACUUAUACUGCAGCAACAACUGGCUACCUCACCAAAUACGAAUUACGCUAAAAGGUCAAAAUCUGCUAAUCGCAAAUUUAGACCGCGAGAAAGAGCAAGCCCAAGGCGGCGGCGGGGACCAGAUUAAAACCGACAUUACAGAUUCCAGGGAGUACACCUUGACCGCCGUCGUCUGCUUCGUCAACGAUCAAAUCUCCUCCGAAAAGCAAAACCUGGUGGCGCUAAUCAAGGUGCCCGAAACGUAUCUCGCCGAUGGCAAGGACGCGAAGGUCGACGUUCAGCAGUGGUUUUUGUUUAACGAUUUUAGCAUCUAUCCGAUUCCGCCUCAGGAGGUGGUGUGGUUCAGUUUGGAUUGGAAGGUUCCGUGCGUCUUGUAUUAUUCGACUAAGGAGGUUACGGAUGUGCGUAGUGACAUCGUCUCCGGACUUACAAAGGACGUCUUCACUCAAGACCAGUGCAUCGCGCGAAGCGGAGGAACGCGCGGCGUCACGUUCACCCCGCUCGCGCAGUCCGAAAUGCCGAAACCCGGCGAGCUCGUCGCCAUGGACGCCGAAUUCGUGACGCUAAACCAGGAAGAGUCCGAGUUGCGCAGCGAUGGAAAAAUGUCGACGAUCAAACCGUCGCAAAUGUCCGUCGCGCGGAUAACGUGCAUACGCGGGUUAGUUUUAGCGCAACUUCGUCUUCCUCACUCACACCAGUUUUGCUUUAGGCAAGGUUCCUUGGAGGGCACCCCGUUCAUUGACGAUUACAUUUCGACGCAGGAACAGGUGGUCGACUACUUAACCAAGUUUUCGGGAAUCAAACCGGGAGAUUUAGACGCCAAUUUCAGUUCGAAGCAUCUGACGACAUUGAAGUCUACGUACACCAAGCUUCGUUUCUUGCAGGACAGUGGCGUCGUGUUCGUCGGUCACGGGCUGAAGAACGAUUUUCGCGUGAUUAAUCUCGUCGUUCCACCGGAGCAGGUGGUCGAUACAGUUUUUUUGUUUCACAUACCUCAUCACCGGAUGGUGUCUUUACGUUUCUUGGCUUGGCAUUUUUUAGGUAUGAAGAUCCAGUCGGAAACUCACGACUCAAUCGAAGAUGCGCGCGCAGCCUUACAGUUAUAUAGGCGUUAUAAAGCUUUAGAGGCAGACUCCAAAUUGGCAGAGGCGCUCAGCGAGCUAUACGAACGCGGAAAGUCCUUGAAUUGGAAGGUCCCGGCGGACUAACGCGUUUGUAAAUUAAUUUAUGUGAUAUCUUUUAAACAAGGUUUUUUAAAAUAUUGUAUUGUCUUUUUUAAUUUGUUUAUAUAGUGAGUAGUAAUUAAUGCUGCAUUUUGUCUUAUCAUUCCAGAUUUUAUUUUGAAUAUAUUUUUAUACAGGCAAAUUUGAUUGUGUUGUACCAUCUCAAUAAAUGCUGUAUUUUACUUAUUUA